CGCACCCAGCUUCCUAACGUCUAACUUUCCCGGGACAUGUGGGCGUGUCCCCUGGCCCGGGGGCGCGGUCCGCUACCUGGACACCUCAGAGCCCCCGACCAAUCGGGGCCCCCGCCGCAGGCGCCGCCCCCGCCGUUGAGAUGUCUACUCGCCGGCCACCCCGGAGCUGCCAGCUAAUCUGGAGCCCGCCGCGGUGGCUCACCUGCAGAGCAGCCUGGCAGCCGCAGAAGCCGCUCCGAAGGAUGGAGAAGAUUCCUCUUCUGGGCCUGGGCACCUGGAAGGCAGCGCCCGGGGAAGUGACUGAGGCGGUGAAGGUGGCAAUCGAUGUGGGAUAUCGGCACUUUGACUGCGCCUACCUGUACCACAAUGAGAGUGAGGUCGGAGCCGGGAUCCAGAGCAAGAUCCAGGAGGGCGUGGUUCGGCGGGAGGACCUGUUCAUCGUCAGUAAGCUCUGGUGUACCAGCCAUAAGAAGUCCUUGGUGAGACCAGCCUGCUCCAACACUCUGAAGGCCUUGAAGUUGGAGUACUUGGACCUCUACCUCAUCCACUGGCCCAUGGGUUUCAAGCCCGGAGGGAAAGAGCUGCCCCUGGACCGCAGUGGCAUGGCGAUUCCCAGUGACACUGAUUACCUGGACACCUGGGAGGCCAUGGAGGACCUGGUGGUUGCAGGGCUGGUGAAAGCCAUUGGGGUGUCCAACUUCAACCACGAGCAGCUGGAGAGGCUUCUGAAUAAGCCCAACUUGAGAUUCAAGCCAUUGACUAACCAGGUUGAGUGCCACCCAUAUCUUGCUCAGAAGAAACUGAUCAGCUUCUGCCAGUCCAGAGAUGUGUCCGUGACUGCUUACCAGCCCCUCGGGGGUUCCAGUGGAGGUGUGGACCUGAUGGACAACCCCGUAAUCCAGUCCAUUGCACAGAAGCACCAGAAGACCGCAGCUCAGAUUUUGAUCCGGUUUCAGAUCCAGAGGAAUGUGAUCGCCAUCCCCAAAUCUGUCAACCCGAAGCGGAUUCUUGAGAAUAUCCAGGUGUUUGAUUUUGAGUUACCAGAAGAGGAUAUGGACGCCCUUUUGAGCUUGGACAAGAACCUCCGACUGACCAAAUUCUCCACAGCUGUAAGCCACAAGGACUAUCCUUUCCACAUAGAGUACUGAGCCUGCUCCUGCUCCCCUCCCUCCCGCCCAACAAAUCUAGGGUUGAAGGGCUCCCGCCCAGCAGCACAGGGCUCUGCCUCAAAGGCACAGACAGCCUGGCCAGGGAUGGGAGGGACAGAGGCUAAGCUCCCUAAGAAAUCAUCAGACUCGGUGAGAAUGAAGGAGGAAGCAUCUGAGAGUGUGCUGCCCACGGAGUACUGGGAGACCAGCAUGAAGAACCUCUACAGCUGUGACUCAGCUUCAAUGAGCCCCUCCUCUCUGCCACCCACCAGCGCCCCCCCCCCCCCCCAGAUGAUUUUAUAGCAAAACCCUUACCUUCACAUCUGGAAAGGAGGACAGGAGGACUGGGUGAAAAUGAUGAGCUGUCUUAGUUCAACGAAGGCCUUUUUUUUCUUACUUACAAUCUAAAUUUUAGUUUUAAAACACUAAUGUUUGAGAAAGUUUUCUGGGAAAUCAGAUUUGAUCAGGCAUAAAUAAACCUGUGAAAACAAA